UCCUCCCCCCCCCCACAGUGAACGGCCAUCACACGAAUGGCGACCAUCAACGAGCUGAAGAACGUUUUGAAAGAAACCUUGGAAAAAAGGGGAGUUCUGGGACAGCUGAAAGCUCGAAUUCGGGCGGAGGUUUUCAGCGCCCUCGACGAUCAGAGUGAGCCACGGCCACCGCUGUCCCACGAAAAUCUUCUCAUCAAUGAGCUUGUCCGAGAAUAUUUGGAAUAUAAUAAAUAUAAAUACACAGCUUCGGUACUAGCGGCAGAAGCUGGCCAACCAGAAAUAGCAUUGGAUAGACAAUUUCUCCUGAAUGAACUAAAUGUAGUUGAAGAUUCAUGUGCAAAAACAGUUCCUAUUCUCUAUGGAAUUCUAGCUCAGUUUACAAAUAGCAGCAAAGAUGACGGAAUUAAACCUCUAAUUCAUCAAUGUGUAUCCAUGCCUAAAAUGAAGAAACUGACUAUAAGACAACCAACUGAAAAACUAUGUUUAGGUCACAUCCCUGAACCUGGUGUAUUUGCGGGAACAAGCAUGGAAGAUCAUUUUGUUCUAGCUGGACAUCAAUGACAUUUGACCUUUCCUUUACCAGUUCACAGUCAAUGGUUCAGUAAUGGCAACUGUGAGCCAAUAAAGCUAAUUUUCUAAUCCUUCAUAAAGAAAAAUGGCUAAUGUUGCAAGACAGUAAUUUAAUUAAGUACUCAGCUGAGACCUGUACAUCAGCAUUAAAAUCAGAAGUUUUAUUGCUCUCUUGGCUCUUUUUUUUAAAAAAGGGGAGAAAUUGGAAAUUAUGGAUAACUUGCUUGUUUUGAGGGUUGUCUUGGAUUGUUUGAAUAAUUUCAGAAUACCAAGCACUGAUUGCUACUAUAAACAUACAACAUCUGUAUUUGUGCUGUUGAAAAAAUGUUAAAAGGAUUUUGAACCAUAGAAAUACAUAACUGUAUGAGGACAUUUGACCCUUUUGUGUCAGUAAAAAGCCAUCUAUCCUAAUCCCAAUCCUCUUCUCUUCCCACUAAUACCUUUCCUUAAGCCUUACCUCUGACUGUGCCUAUGGUCAUCUCGUGGAAGACUAACCAAGUUUUGUUACAAAUUGAACUGUGAAGCACAAUCAUUCUCAAUACAUGAAUAGUGAUGACCAUCAAACUGAAAAAUGUUACCAGAUUGUUCAGCUUUUCAUUUCAUUAAAUGAGUAAACAGC